AUCUGUCUAGUGUACAUCAACCUAAUAUGACGGGUAUCCCCCUGGUUCAUGAGAAGAGCCUACGGAGCCGAACAACCAACCAGAUCGAGAACUGAUCUCGCCUUGGCCUAAGUGCUUGGUGCUGCAUAGUAUACGGCAGUGUUUUCUGUCCAUUCCACGCUGAGAUAUGCCUUCCUCUUACAAAAUCCGUAAACUGAUCAAUCCAUUCGUCGGUGACGCGUUCAACCCGGCGAGUGUGCCCGAGCUUCCGGCCAUCCGACAAGUGUUGGCCAGAGCGUUCUCCGGUGCUGCCUUCGUCGCCGUCGCGACGGGCCACGACCCAGACGACCCAGACACGAGCUACGUCGGUCCCUUCUACGAAGCCAGUGUCAUUGCGGCUCUCGUUGGUGGCGGAGAGGUUUACAUUGCCGAAACCGACGAGACGGAGAGGGAAAUCGUUGGGUGUGCGGUGUGGUUUGGCCCAGGCCAUUCCAUAUACGACUCCCCAGCGCAAGUAUGCAUUGUCGCCGUUCAUGGAAAGAUUGAGCGAAGAGCAGCGAGAGUGGUGGCAGCUCGAGUCUCUAGUUCGUUCCCAAGUUCAGGGAGCUCGUCAAGAACAACCUCGGUGAUGGAACCAAGCACAACGCCUGGCACCUGCAGACCCUCGGCAUCGAUCCAGCUCACCGGCGUAAAGGUCUCGCGAAGGCUCUGAUGCAGGACGUGAUCGCAAAAUCAACCGGGGUGCUCAAAUGCUUAGAAUUUGGGACUGAGACCAGUAAUCUGAAAAUCUACCAAAAGAUCGGUUGGAAGCAGGCUGAAUACUCAGUCGAUUUCAACAGCAGAAGGGGCAAGUGCGGGAUGGGGGUAAUGACAAUGCAGAGUUGACACAAACGUUGUACACAGACAUACAUACUACAAUUGUUGUUGUAGCAAGUUCGAGAAAGCGUUCCAAAAGAGCAAAUUACACAAAUUACAGAGGAAAACUGAGCCAUGCAGCGCGUGUGUUUGUAUGUGCGUCCGCUGCUAGAAAUUAAAAUUAAUCCAAACCUGGAGCAAUGAAUGACGAGCGCAGCAGCCGUUUGACACCACAACAAAGUCUUAAUGGCU